AUGAUACUGGAUCGUUUCCAUCAUAGGUUUUCGAGCUCGAGGCAUAAGGCAAGCAGGAGCAAGAGCGCAGAGGCCGUGAACGCCCAGGAGCAAGCGGCGGGGCAGAGACAGGUGCAAGGACCCGAACAGUUGCAGGGGCAGCUGCCCCUGCAACUGUCAAUACCGGAAAACGGGUUGGACUACGAGGAGUUCGAGGAUGAGGCCGAAGACGCCGACAUGAUCUCUAUAGACACAGGCGUGCACACGCCGUUGCCGACGACGCCGACGACGGGCAAUAGCACCUACGGGCAGCUGAAAAAUUUCAAUAAUAAUGGCUCCGAGCUGAACCUGAAUCUGGGACAGCAGUUGGGCGCACAAUUCCAGCCGCCUGCGCAGCCGCAUAUCUACAUGCAGCGCCAAGGCAGUGUAAGCUCUCUAGCAAGCUCGGUUUCUGAUUUCCAUGGUAGCUAUCUAAGGCAGCAAUUGGUUGCAAAUGCUGCGGUAAACGGUGCUGGCACUUUCACUUUGCAAUUUUUAAAUUUGUUGAUGGACGUCUACCAGGAGACCUGCUCGGACCCAACGCUGACGCCAUUCGACACGACGAAUCCUCCUUCAGGUAUACUCAAUACGGUGGCUAAAAUCGCCAUUCAGCAAUCGAAGAUCAACGAAAUAGAUAUCGGAUGCGAAAGAAAUAGCUGGCUGUUGACUCUGGUAAGGCAUCGUUUGCUCGAAGAAGUCAGAAAAGACGGUUAUCUGUCGCGUAAUAAUUCGAACAUUUCUUUACCGCCACCCCCACAAUUCAUGGAAAUGGCUAAUUUGUCAUCGAGCAAUAACCAGCAACAGCCACAGCCUUCGCAGCAACAGCAGCCGCUGCAGCAGCCGCUGCAGCUAGAUUACUUUGGGUCUUCUUUGGGUAUACCAAAUUCAAUGAAUAGAGGUAAUACUCUGAUAAGAAGUAGAAGCAAUUCUUCACAAAUUCUAUUGGCAAGAACACGAUCUAAUAGUAAUAAUUUAUUUACAUUAACACCGACAAAUUCUGAAAAUAGUUCCCAAAAUUUCAAUAUGACAGGUUUACCACUAAAUUCAAACGUUGGUCAUUCCAAUAUUCUCUCAAGACAAAGAAGUAAUAGUGCUUUGAACUCAAAUUCAUUCUCUAUAAAUAAUGAUGAUGUGAAUUUGUCGGAAACUCUAAGGAAAAAAAGAGAGUCUUUAAUGAUGAAAAGAUAG